GUUCCACCAGUCUACUCUGCUCUUUCAUUUCUAUAUUUAUAUCUUUGAGCCCAAGCUUCCCAGCGUGCUUUUAAAAAUAACUCCUCCUUCUCUUCUCUUUCCUCCGUUUUUCCUUUUAAUACACCCACGCCCUGUUCUCCAAUUACCUUUCUCCUUUUUAUUAUCCUUUCUUCCACUCGCCCUCUUAUACCCUUUUAUUACGAAGUGUUAUCGCGCGCGUACACACAUCCUAGCACCCGGCUUUAAUACCAAUCAUGAAGAACUUCACAAUCUCGGCCCUUGCCCUCGCAGCGCUGCUGCAAACCGCCAUGGCCGCCGGCCAGUGCGGCUCCCAGUCCUGCGGCAAGGACUCGCCUUGCUGCGUCAGAGGCUACUGCAACUCCAAUGCCAUGUACUGCAGCCCCUUCAACUGCGAGGCGGGCAACUCGUACUCGGAGAGCAGCUGCUGGGACACCGCUCACUGCGUGCAGAGCAGCGUGAACUUUGCCAGCGGCAACGCCUUCGCCCAGAUCGCCGACUACAACGGCGACCCGUCGACGGCUGCGUUUUUGUCCCAGUUCGAGCCCUCCAACGCCAAGCAGAACAACGGCGAGCUGGAGCUCACGCUGGUCAAGCAGGCUGAUGGCAAGGGCUUUGGUGCCACGGUCAUGAACACCCGUGCCUUCCAGUACGGUACCGUUGAGGCUGUCAUGCGCUCGGGCUCCUCGGGCGGCGGUGUUGUGUCGUCGUUCAUCAUCCGUAACGAUAAGGUCGGUGACGAGAUUGACUUUGAGUUUGUUGGCGCCAACAAGGGAUCCGUAGAGUCCAACUUCUACUGGCACGACCAGCUGGACUACACCAAAAUGGUCAAGUCGCCUGCACUGCCCGACACCACCACUAACUACCACUCGUACGCCAUCCAAUGGACCCCCGACAAGAUUGUCUGGCUGGUCAACGGCAACGCCUUCCGCACGGUCAACCGCGCCGACACCUGGGACUCGGCCUCGAACACCUUCAAGUACCCCGACUCCGAGUCCUACGUCAGCUUCUCGAUCUGGGAUGGUGGCUCCGGCGCCAAGGGCACUUCGGACUGGGCCGGCGGCCUUAUCCAGUGGGGCAACCAGCCCUUCACCAUGGCCGUCAAGUCCAUCAACAUUGACUGCUACUACAAGGGCAAUGAAACUACCUACACUCCUCCGACCAGCGGCAACAAUGGCGGCGACGGCGAGAGUACCGACGGCGAGAGCACCGACGGCGAGAGCAACACCAGCAAGGGUGAUGAGAGCAGCACUGCUGACAACACUGACGAUGACAGCUCGUCAGAGGUCAACAAUGAUGAUGAGUCCUCCGAGGAAGAGGAGGAGGAGUCGUCCGUGAAGUCUAGCUCUUCCAAGACCAGCUCCACCAAGACCAGCAGCAUAAAGUCCGCUAGCCAUGACGAGGACGAGAGCAGCGAGGCUGACGACGAAGAGUCUCGGAUCAGCGGUGAUGUCGAGGAGCAGAAUGACGACGAUGAGAACUCCAAGAGCAGCAUCAAGGCUGGAGCCUCCUUCGUGAGGUCUAGCUCCAGCGAUGCGCGUACCCUUGUUGCUUCGUUCGGCGGCAUGACCGCUGCCCUGAUCGCCGCUUGCUUGUUCUAAGCGCUUUGCUAACCGUCUUUUAAUUUCAUUUUUUUACUUUUAUCGUUUGCUUGUUCGCUUUGUUUCUGAUAAUUGAUGCUGCCCAUCUUUUU